UUCCCGCUCCAACACAGUCACACUUCAGGGACCUAUUUACCAUGAGGAAAUACCAUCCCAUGGGAUUAUCUGCUGCUAAUGGAAUUGAUUGAUGAUGAUAUAAUGGGUGUUAGCUUAUAAUGUGCAAUUAUGUGAAUGAGUCACAAUCCCCAGAUAGCUCUUCCCCAGUUCUUCUCCAUAGGAGCAUGAAGCAGAAGGACCUUUCCAGCAGACCUGGCCGGGGCUGGGAGGGGUGGGAGGGCACAGCACGGCCGGGCCGGGCGCAGCCACACGCUCAGAUGCGCUCCUUGCUGUCCCGGACUCGCGGGUCACAGCAGGCAGCGAGCACACAGCUCAGCUUGGCAGUGCCACAGCAGCUGUGUGUGUGUGCAUGUGUGUGUGUGUGUGUGUGUGUGUGUGUGUGUGUGUGUGUGCGUCAGUCCCGUGCUGCUGUCCCCGUGUCACCCUCCUGCUGCCCCAGCUGCCAUCCCCUCCCUCCUGCCCCGUGCACCCCAGGGCAGACAGACCCCAUUUUCUCAUGGCCUCUGCUGUCGCCAGCCGCAGCCGCACUGCAUGGGCUGAUCUCGUGCCCACGCUGCGUGAGCCCUUCACAUUUAAAUACUCCAGCACCCACUGCUGGGCAGCAGCUCGGAACAGGAAGGAACCCGCUGCACACAGCCCCGGUGCCGCCCACCCUCCUCUCGUCCCCUCACCCCCUUCUGUUCUGGUGCCCGGUGGCAGCCCAUGCGCUGCAGGACGCCGGGUUCUCUUGCUGCCAUGAAACCUUCAGCUCUGCGGGUACGCUGUGUUCUCUCUGUUAUACUUAGUGACAGAAAAUGCUCAGUUUCCCAAGUGCCACGUUUUAACCUCACCUCGCAGUUCCAUUCACACCUUGCUCCCCACACUGCGAGGGCAGAGGCAGCGCAGCUUCCCUGGAGCACCCCUGUGGAGGUGCAGAGCGGGCUCCAGAAGAGCUGUUCCGUGCUGUACCCGGCACAGCGGAGGCUCUGCCUGGAGGCCUGCAGCACGCAGCGCUGGGGAUGUGCAGCACCGAGAGCCGGAGACGUUCCCAGAUGACUCCUGACAGCUUCUAUGGCUUCGUGGGCCAAAGGAGCUGCUAGUGCAGGAGCAGUUCCCCAGAAAAGGACUCCUUACCAGAGCAAGCUAAAAUUAUCGUGACUUAAACUCCACCGAGCUUUGCAGUGAAGCCUGGGAGGGCCUGGCUUCCCAGCACGGCUCGGAAACGAAGUCCAGCAGAAGAUGAAACUCCAGGUGUGUCCCCGUGUGUGGGUGCGCGUGUGCUGGGAGGGGUGUUUAUAAAAGAUGUUUCCACAAACACCUGCUAUGAGCCACAACAACCGCAUCUCUAUGAGCAACAGUCAACAUCCUGAAGGAAAAAAUAACAGCAAAUCAAUGCAGGAAAUUGGGCGUCACGCAAGCGGCUCGGCUCAGCGCCCGGAGCUGGCAGCACAGACACUGCUGGGGAGCGGGGGGCUCAGCUGGAAAAGUCCCAGGCACACUGGAAGAAGAAGAUGCAGUGCUCCUGGGCAGUGCUCCUACUGUGGCCACGCUGUGUCCGUGAACGGAAAACAAAAGCGAUGGGAAAUGCCGUUCUGAUGUACACCGAUGGACUCAGUCCCCAAACCGCAGUUUCAGUGAAUCCAGGGACGCAGCCGCGCGGCCCCAGGCACAGCUCACACCAUGCGCCUCCCCAAGCCCCUUCAGCAAAGCGCUGAUCUUUUACCGAGGAGGUCUCAAGAAAUGCAGAGUUCCUUCAGUGUCUUUAAGCCAGCACAAGUAACAGAGGCUCGGGGAGCUGCAGCCCUCAUCUGUGCUGCGCUCCAGCACCCGGCAUCCUCUGUAGGUGCCCUGGGAACUGCGGGAAGACGGAAUACCUUCCUAACACAUUAAAUGUUUUGUUACAUCCACCUUAAUUUUCAGUAUUAUCUUCCGUACUGGCACCGCUCCCCUGAAAUCUCAGCACGAAAAUUAAAUUCACCAAAAAACGCCUCGGCUGCACUUGCUGCGAGCAGCAGCCCCCGCCGCCCUUGCGGCCCCGCCACGCCGCUUCCAGGAUUUUCACAGCGCAACGGCCGCCUGUGAAACGCAGCUGCAGCUGCUGCUCGGAACUGAAGGCGGACGGGCGGUGCUGGCCAACGUUCGCUUUGUUUUCAGGAUAAAUGGUUAAAUCCUGGGGCUUUAGUUCUGCAGAACUACGGUUCUUCGCAGUGGUUCUACAAAGCACGCCCUGCGGUGUCUUCAAAGGGCAUGGGGCAGGAAAGGACUGAAAAUAAGGAGUGUGCAGCAUAGGAGCCACAGAGCAGAGCGCGUUCAGAUAACCCAGCACGUUCUGAUACCCCCGCGUGUUAAGAGCCAGCUGGGAUUCCCUGACCCCAGGGGGGAGGUGUGUGAGGGACGACGGCGCUGAAGGACACGGGGGCACUUGCCGCUGUCACACGGCGACGGUUUGUUGUGCUGAGAGCUGCGCGGGGAGCGGGAUGAGUUCAGUUCAGUCAGUGUCAGUGGACUAGAUACUGAAAAUAGCCGCCUAAUUCAGAGCCGCCCAACAGAAAUUACACGCUUUGUGCUAAUAAACACGGUCACAAACACGGAGUGUGGGCUCAGCUUCCUGAACUGCCAGACAUCUCCCUUCAGCAAAUUACUCUUGGCACCGGGACCACGGCUUGCCACUGCACAUGGAAAGAAGGUGCUCCCUUCAGCGGUGACACCCACGGCCCCGGUAUAAAUGCAGCCCGGGCAGGGCAGGGGCCGGAGCUAUGAUCCCAAGCGGCCGUAGCACCCACUGAGCCCCAGCCGCCGGCACCAUGAGCUGCUCCCAGAGCUCUUCCAGCUGCCUGCGAGGGGGCAGCGGGGGCAGCCAGCACGGCUCCGCGUCUGCGCACAGAUACACCGCGACCAGGGCGGGCGGGCGGCCCGCUGGGGGCAGCUGCGGCGGGGGCAGCUCCAGGAGCAGCUGCGGGGCCGCGAGCUUCGGGCGGAUGAGGAGCAACAGCUACGGAGGGGGAAUGAGCGGAGGAAUGGGAGGCAGCUCCUACGCAGGGGGCUGGAGCGCGGGCACUUACGGAGGGGCGAUGCACUGCGGCGGCACAGGAGGGGGCUUUGGAGCAGGAGGGAGCGGGUUCGGUGCUGGGUAUGGAGGGAGCUUUGGCGCAGGUGGCGCUGGGUUCGGCGGUGGCAGCUUUGGUGGCGGUGGCUUUGGUGGAGAGAACUUGGGAAUUCUGUCCAACGAUGAAAAGCUGACCAUGCAGAACCUUAACGACCGCCUGGCUUCCUACCUGGACAAGGUCAGAAAUCUAGAAGAAGAAAAUGCUCGGCUUGAAAAAUUGAUCAGGGAGUGGUACCAGAAGCAAGGCCCUACAGGAAGAAAGGACUACAGCCACUACUAUGCCACAAUUGAAGACCUUCAGAAUCAGAUUCUGAAUGCGGCUGUGGAGACCAACAAAAUACUUUUGGAAGUGGAUAACACAAGGAUGACUGCAGAAGACUUCAGGACAAAGUACGAGACCGAGUACGGCCUCCGGCAGAACGUGGAGGCCGACAUCAACACCUUGCGGCCUCUGCUGGACAGCCUGACUCUGACCAGGUCCGACCUAGAAAUGCAGUUUGAGUCCCUAAAGGAGGAGAUGAUUGGCCUCAAGAAGGACCACGAGGAGGACAUGAAAUCACUGCAAACACAAUCCAGCGGUGACGUGAAUGUGGAGGUCAAUGCUGCUCCAGGAGAGGAUCUGCUGAAAAAGCUGAAUGAUAUGAGACAAGAAUACGAACAAAUUAUUCAGAAAAACCGUGAAGAUGUUGAAAGUUGGUACGAGAGCAAGAUGGAGGAGGUGAGCCAACAAGUCCACUCACGUGGUCAGGAACUGGAAUCAAGCAACCAGCAGAUCUCUGUGCUGAAACGUGACUAUCAGAGCCUGGAAAUUGAGCUGCAGUCUGAGCUGAGCAAGACAGGGGCUUUGCAGUCCAACCUGGAAGACACGGAACGCCGCUACAACAUGCAGCUGCAGCAGAUCCAGGGCAUGAUCGGCCCCUUGGAGGAGGAGCUGGCCAGCAUCCGCUGCGAGAUGGAGAGCCAGAACCAGGAGUACAAGAUGCUGCUGGGCAUCAAGACCCGGCUGGAGCAGGAGAUCGCUCAGUACCGGGCCCUGCUCGAGGAAGGACAGCAUGGUAUUAGCACCUCGCAGGAAGGAGCUGGCGGCGGAUCUUCCGGAGGACAGGGACACGGGGCAACGAGCGGGUCCUCUGCACGAGGCGGCAGCGGAGGAGGAAGCGGCUGGUGCUCAGGAGGAAGCGGCGGAGGAUCUGGUGGAAAAACUUCUGGAGCUGGAGGAGGAGGCAGCGGGGGAGCAGGAGGCGGAGGCUCUGGAAAAGCUUCAGGUGGAGGAGGGGGCAGUGGUGGGGGAGAAGGGGGCAAAUGCUGCCUCUCCCGCUCAUCAUCCUCCCACUCCCAGACUGGCAGCUCUUCUGAAAGCCAAGGAGAUGCUGAAAACUUGAAGCUCUGCCUGGAAGGGAAUAAAACAUUGGAGAGAGGAGCAACAAUGGAGGAAGUGUCUGAAGCCAUAAAAACUUUGAGAUCACGUAAGGCUUCAGGAUCUGACAGCAUCUCAAAUGCCUAAAAUGCCGAAAAUGAACAGAAGGUUAGCAUUUCUAGAAAGCUUUGAUCAGAAAUUCUACUUGACCUGCAGCAGUCCUCUGCGUGAUCAUGUUUGGCAGGCAAGAGCAGGCUGACUGAGGAGGCACUUCAAAGAAAUUCUUGCUUCCCUUCAUCUUUCCCCAGGGAGUUCCAGGAAGUCUGAGCGCUGACGGGCACGGCCGGCACUGCGGCGACAGGAGCAGCCCCGUUCCAUCCCCAGCUGCUCCUCGGGGGCUCUGCCCGGCCCGCCUGCCUCUGCACCUGAAUUUCUGUGCUGAAUCGCUGUUACCUGUGCUAAUCUCUACCGUGAUUGGUAUUUCUGUGGGAAAAAGAUUACUCUAAUUAAUAAAUCUUAACUUCUCUCUGAUGCAACCAGAUAGCCGCCUCUGGCAGCGGUCUCCUUUAGCACACAUUUUUGCAUGAAUUGGUCACAAAUGUCACACCCUACCUGUGGAACACACAAAAACAACUCAACUAGAUUGUGCAAAAGACCCCAGAGUUCUCAGCAACACUCUCACCAUUUCGGAGCAACUGCCAAAGCCCAGGGGAGCGCGCUCCAGGUGCGCGGUGCCGCGAUGCCUGCAGUGGGAGAACAGCGGCGCGUGCUGUGCUCUGCUGCCAGCGCUGCCAUGGCACAGGGGGGUGCGAGGGUUGGGGGGCUGCCUGUCCCCUGCGGCCUCUGGAAAGGCCCCGCUGGACUGGACAGUACCCAAACUGCUCCCGCGGUGCCUCACAAAAAAAGGACUUGAGGCUGGUUGUACUGAGCGCAGCCAUGCAGCUGUGCAAUAUUUGGCCUCAUCGAUGUAUUUCCUCUUCAGGGCAUCUCCAGUGCACAAGGACGAACAGAUCUAUACUUUGCAGAGAAGACAGGCAAACUAUUUGUACUUAGGAUGUUCUUUCACAAAACCUGGAGCGCCCAGGUAGGCUGCGAGAACAAGAAACACAAGAGAAAUGAUUCCUGAGUGGGUGUUCAGGGCCGCUCCCAGACCAGGCUGCACAGCAGGGGCUCUGCUGACAGCGGUGGGGGCACAAGUGCCCUGGAAGACCAAGUGUGAGCCCUUCCUCCUUGCUUUAAUUACAGACCUGCAUCCACCCCCUCUGCCCUGCAUGGGCCCCAAUGGGCCGGGGGCUCCCCCAGCCUGUGCCCGCGCUGCGCCCUACCCAGCGCUUCUCUUAUCUGCCCAGCAUCAUGAAAGUGCAGGGACUGCGCCAGCGGAACUUCCCUGUGCUCAAUGAGUGAAGUGAACUCUAUGGAGAAUUUGCUUGAAUAUAACUGAGAGGACUCCUUACACAUUCUUUACCCCUUACAUUUCUUGAUUCAACACAAACAAAAGGCAGCAGGUUGGGUUAUCACUGGCAUCAGAUUUCUCCCCUGGUUUUGCCCAAGACGCGGCUGUCACGAGCUCUGGUUUCCCGCUCCGAGGGCGGCACCAGCCCUGGAGGAGGUUGAGAAACGCCGAGCCAGUGCGAGAGCGUGGGAACGGGGCUCCCAGCGCCCGAGCUGUGGGCACGUACGUGUGGGUGAUUCAUGGCAUUGCCUUACACCGGGCGCUCAGCCAACGGGAUCCGUCGUUAAGAAAAUAAAAUUCCUCUGACCACGGUGUCUCUGGGCACCCGAGGAACUGGCCAAUCUUCACAAAGAGCCACCUGAAAUAUAAGCACGUAUUGAUAUCCCUGACCUCACGUGCAAAGAGAGAGUCUGGAGAGUUUUCAGUCUGGAGAAGAGGAGGCUCAGGAGAGACCUUAUCGCUCUCUAUAACUCCUGAAGGGAGGUUGUAGUGAGCCGGGGGUCGGCCUCUUCUGUCUUGUAACC